CAAAACUUUAUGUCAACAAAUUUCAACAAAAAUCUUUUCCAGUGGUUCUCUAUAGUCUUGUUUGCAUUUUAAUUAAUUAAAUAAAAAUAAAAAUGCGUCUAACACUAAUGUUAAUGCGACGUAACCUCAUGCCAAACGGUCAUAUAUUCCGAGGCAAAGAUCGCUUGGUGAAAAAGGUGGAAUUGAAGCAUUUACGUAAACUGGCAGGCGAAUUUGCUAUUGAAGAGCAAAAUAUGUUUUAUUUACGUUAUCCCUAUCUUACUGAGGAAGAAAGCCAAGGUCAUGCCAAAGCCUUGGGCAAGCCAGAGAUGAGAAAAGAAGAAGUUACUAACAAACAAAGGAAGUAUUUCAAAGCUGACGUCACAUUAUAUGAAAGACUGGGACAUCUUCGUGUGAAUGAAUCUUGGGAUUAAUCAAAAUGAAGUCAUUAUAAAGCACGUUGAAACCAAUAGCUCGUUACUCCUACCACCAUACCUAUUUCUGCUGCCGCGUCAUGUGAGCAUUACUGCAUUCUGGUUUUGAAGGAUAAGACACUGGUGAAAUUAUAAGCGCGUGAGACUUGUCAACUUAUGUUGCAGGGUGAACUUACCACCAAGAGCACAACUCAGCCAUCCCGUCACUUGGUAUCAUAAAAAGUCACUAAAUGAAAAAUUCGACUUUAAUUUUUAUUUAAUUUAGUGGAAAUUUUAAUUUAGUGACUUUUUUGGUUUCAACAUGCAAUAUAUCAACCUAACCAAACAGAAAAUCGAUACUGCCACUUAGAUAUUUACAGCACUAAGGAGUCCUUAAUAUUGCAAAUGCAUUGUACAGCAGGCUGUAAGAUUGUGUCUCUUGUGCCAUUGAUUUAUGCUAGCUCCUCCCAUUCUUAGAACUGUAAUUGAUUUGAAGGGUAAGGAACGAUUGGAAGGCACAUGGGACUUGUCAACUUGUUUCAGGGUGAUGAGCACAGUGGCAGUGCCUCUCAGAUCCUUGCGAUGUAAAGCUUCUUGGUUGGCACUGCAAUUAUUAUGGAAGACGUGAUGCCACCAGGCGUCGCAUACGUUUUAUUUGUCCUGUUUGUGUUGAUUUUCAGAAAAGAAAACUAUUUUUCUGAAAGAUUUCCAACAUUUGAAUUAUUGGCAAUUGACCAACACUAAUCAUGUAUCAGCGAAAAUGUCUCCUAUAGGCGUCAAUCUCCUUUAAAGGAGAGUAUUAAGUUGGUUGUCUACACAACUUGCACCACUUUGUACCCUAGUGUGAUACCUGUACAAUACCUUUGAAUGUCAUGUAUUUAG